AUGAAGAAGACGCUACUUCUCGUGUUUAUCCAUGGCUUCAAGGGGGACGACGAUACAUUCAGGCAGUUCCCGGGACGCUUUUGUGCACUGCUUAGUCGCUCCCUUCCUGCCGUACAAGUCGCUACUGCGGUGUACCCGAAGUAUGAGACCCGAGGUGAGCUAAAAGAAUGCGUGAGUAUCUUUCGGGAAUGGCUCCAGAACAAAGUCAUCGACUUGGAGGUUGCGAACCGAACAGCUUCCCCGACGGUUGACCCCUCCGUGCAUGUCUUUCUGGUCGGCCAUUCGAUGGGCGGAAUCGUCGCCGCUGAGACCCUUCUUCUACUAGCCUCGGAACAACCAAUUCCUGUAACCUCUUCUGCAGGAGCUCCAACUAAUCCCCUAGCGGAUUCCGGCACUGCGGUGGGGGCAGAUUCCUUCAUGUUUCCUCACAUUCAGGGUGUCAUCGCAUUCGAUACCCCUUUCCUGGGCAUUGCUCCCGGAGUGGUUUCGUAUGGUGCAGAAGGGCAUUACCGAAAUGUCACCUCGGCAUACACUGCACUGUCAGAAGUCGCUGGCUUGUUCGGGCUGGGGGGCAACGGCUCCCCGAACAAAGCCGCGUCUACUGAGCAGAAAAGCGACCCCAACAAAAGUCUACCACCCUCAGCUCCUAGCUCAUCUUCGAGUACAGAUGCUGCUGCGACACCAUCCUGGCAACGGUGGGGCCGAUAUGCCAUGUUUGCGGGAGCUGCAGGAGCCGUGGCUGCGGGCGGGGCGGCUGCCAUGUAUUCACAGCGUGAGCGACUGACGGACGGGCUGGGCUGGGUGUCAUCCCAUCUGGCAUUCGUUGGCUGCCUAGCCCGUUCUUCGGAAUUGCGGCGGCGCCUUGCACUGCUAUCCGACGUACAGAAGGAGCGAGGGAUUGGCUGCACCAAUUUCUAUACAUGCUUGGGCAAAAAUGCAAGCGCUCUAGUAGAGAACAGAAACGCCGGGACUUCAUCGUUCAGCCAGAAGAUCAUACGCUCGAAAAACCGCACUUUCUGCUCGCUUCCCGCGGAAGUGGAGAGCUCGGGGUUCUCCCAACAAGACAUCCGAUGGGCCAGAGCCGUGAAUGAUAAAGCUGCAGAUGAAAUCAAAGCACAUAUUAGCAUGUUCCUGCCGAAUGAGAACCCGGCCUUUGAUUUACUCGUUGCUGAUGCAUGCAAGGUGCUAGUGGAGUCGGUUGACAAGGGAUGGUACGCCACGGCCACAGGGCCAAUUGAGGAGGUUGACGGAGACAUACCGCGGGCCGACACUGACCGUACCAAGGUUCAGGCCGAUAGUAGAUUCAUGGACGGGGACGACGUCGUGGUUGUGGAUUGA